AUUACAGCCAUGGAUAAAUGCCUGCAAAGGGGCGGAUUUUAUUGCAAUAGGUCCCGGACGUGUAUCCUCACGGAUAAUGUUUGUAACGGAAUUGCCAACUGUAAAGAGGCUGAAGAUGAGACUGCUCCGGGCUGCACCGUGGAUGAAUGUUUUCGAAGAGACCGGGCCUUAUGUAUUAAUGAGAGGUGCAUCUCCACUAGUUGGUUGUGUGACGGAGCUAGGAACUGUCCAUUUGGUGAAGAUGAGUCGCAUAGGAGCUGCAAUCUCAAAAACCAAUGUGAAUCGAAUCGUGAUGUAAUGGGCGGCUGCUUGGGACCAUGUAAACCUGGUUAUUUUGGCGCUUUUUGCGAGAAUAAUUGUUCAGAAAAGUGCUUGAAUGGAAUAUGUGAUAAAUCAAGUGGAAUUUGUAACGAGUGUGUAUCUGGCUAUACUGGCGAGUAUUGCAAUAAAUCAUGUUCAAAAGAAUGUUUGAAUGGAAGAUGUAAUCAAUCAAGCGGACUUUGCAAUGACUGUACACGAACGUAUUUAGAAAGUUGUUCUCAAGAAUGUGGCGUGGGAUGUCGAGAAAUAAACGGUUUCCCAAAAUGUGACAGACAAAGUGGCAAAUGCUUCAAUGGCUGUAAUCUUUAUCAGUACGGAUUCUACUGCAACAAUACAUGUAAAAACUGCAAACAAAAUUCCUCAAAUAGUCCAUGUGAUAUCAACGGUGUAUGUCAGUUUGGAUGUGAGAACGAUUAUUGGGACAAGAAGUGCAACUCUAAAUGCAGUGCCAACUGUCAAGGUGACGAACAUGGAAAAAGGUGCAAUUUAUCCACAGGGGAGUGUAUAAACGGCUGUACUCGUGGAUGGAGUGGUAAAUUAUGUGGGGAUCUCAAAAACCAAUGUGAAUCGAAUCGUUAUGUAAUACACGGCUGCUUGGGACCAUGUAAACCUGGUUAUUUUGGCGAUUUUUGCGAUAAAAAUUGUUCAGAAAAGUGUUUAAAUAGAAGAUGUAAUAAAUCAAGCGGACUUUGCAAUGACUGUACACGAACGUAUUUAGAAAGUUGUUCACAAGAAUGUGGCGUUGGAUGUCGAGAAAUAAACGGUUUCCCACAAUGUGUCAGGCAAAGUGGCAAAUGCUUGAAUGGCUGUAAUCUUUAUCACUACGGAUUCUACUGCAACAAUACAUGUAAAAACUGCAAACAAAAUUCCUCAAAUAGUCCAUGUGAUAUCAACGGUGUAUGUCAGUUUGGAUGUGAGAACGAUUAUUGGGACAAGAAGUGCAACUCUAAAUGCAGUGCCAACUGUCAAGGUGACGAACAUGGAAAAAGGUGCAAUUUAUCCACAGGGGAGUGUAUAAACGGCUGUACUCGUGGAUGGAGUGGUAAAUUAUGUGGGGAAUCGACAGAUAAAGAAAACGUCAGCUCCUUAAAGACAACCUCUAUCGUUAUACCAGUUAUUGCCACUGUGGCUGUCGUUGUUGUCGGGAUUAUCUGCUACGCAUGGGCUCGAAAAAGGUUUAUCCGUCAGCAGAAUGAUCGCAUGGAACCUGGACAGGUAUUACCAGUUGACGUUCCACCAAUUCAACAACCUACCGGUCCUCGGGGACCGCAAACAAGUUCUUCCCUGUAUGCCGAGAUCAACGAAGAUACCAUGGAACAAUAUCAUUACAUCUGUGAGCAAAACUCACCUGAUCAAUAUGAUGAAAUCAACGUCACAGAAUAUGACCGUGAUAUCGGAAUCAUGCCUUCAAAAGAAUUCACGGACGACGGUAAUUCCCCACAGCGCAUCACGAAUGUUAAGAAUGAACUUGAAAUUAGUGAUGAAUCAAUAUCGAGGCGGAGCAUCACACAUCUUGAUCAUACCUGUAAGACGGACAAUAUAAACAAACUUAAUCCUCGACAUAGCAUCGCAGAAUCUAAUAACAGUAUUGAACUACCAGCUGCUAGAGAUAGCGAAAAGGGGGAAGAAAUAUUUGGUGAUUUAGGACAAUAUCAAGUGGAUUAUAUUCAUGCUAUUGCAAGGGAAGUUUGUGAUAAUGAAUUAGAUCAACACACUAUAGAGUCUUCCCUAUAAAUGAUUCAUCAGGUUCUAGUCGGAGAAAUAUAUUGUGAAGAUAAUAGAAGCUUGAAUAUUACCCAACUGCUUUUUAAAUCUCAACACGAAGCAAAUGGGUAUGAUUAAACAUGCACCAAAAGGCAAUAGCAAACGACAAAGAGAUAAACUGAAACAAAACGACACUUUCCUAUAAAGCUUACGCAUGAUUUGAUUUGGCUAUUUGAUUUAUUUUUUA